AAAUAGAAAGUGAAACAUCAUCCAUCUAUCGUAAUCAUCAGAGUCGUCACCACCAUCAUAGUCAUCACUAUCAUUCUUCUUAUCGUCGUCGUCGCCGUUGUAGUCAGCAUCAUCACCAUAAUCAUCCUCAUUUAAUCUACUUCCACAUCAAUAACAGCCAUAAGUCUAACGAUCAAAAAAUAAUAUUUCAACUGAUUGUGCCAAGAGAAAUUACAAUGAAUUAGUAUUAAUCCCAUUACCACAGAAGCACCAACACAACAACGGCGACGACUACCACUACCACUACCACUUCGACCACCAUUGCGAUCAACGCCGCCACUUUCAUUAAUAAUACUACUACCGAAACUGCCCAACGCCACAUCUCGUUAUCAUCACUAUCACAACUGGUAGUGCAACUACCAAAACUACUAUAGAGCCCAGUACAAUCAACGUUAAUAAUUAACAUUAAAAACUAAUUAUACUACGGGCAUAUUUUAUUUAGAAAUAUGAAAUUAAAGUAGUGUUCUUCAUAAUUUGUAUACUGAAUUAAACAUUAAAUCAUCGUUAACCACAAUACUGGAGUUAUAUUAUAAUCCGGAAUAUACCAAUUUUUACACUUUAAAACAAAAUUAUUUUUCUCUGCAACUGUAAUAAUAGUUUUGCACUGUUUGGAAAACAUUAUUCUUCAAAGCCUGGAAAGGUUAUUGUGAUCUGUUGCUGUUUGGGAAAAGUGUAGUUUUGAAACAGUUCGUAACAGAUUCUCAGACAGUACCAUUUUUCACAAUUGGUGAAUCUCUACGCCGUUUAGGAAACUACUAUGCAAAAUUAUACAGCUUAACAAAUGUAUUCAUUACUUUUCACAAGUGCUUAAUGAACCACAGUUUGACAGAGUUGAUGUAAGUCCUAUUAUUUUUCCAUCUAAUUUUGAGAUCGGCAAUGAUUUUAUUAUUCCCCUAAAUAUAUAAAUUGCAGACAGAUAGUUAAAAAAAAGAAGAAAAGACGAAAAAAAGUAUGAAAAUUAUUGCAAAAUAAAAUAUAACUUUAUUCGUGAUAAUAGAAACGACUAUAUCGAUAAAGACGUUUAUUUUGUUCCUCCUCAUCGAAUUCAGAGAACCAAAAUUAGGUUGUAGGCUGAAAACACAAACGCUGAUUAACAGCAGCAACAGCAAGAAUAUCAACAACGAUUAUAAAAAAGCAAUAAUUAUAGUCAUGUCUAAAUGAAAAUUAUAUCAAUGUUAGAUAAAAUAAACUAACUGUAAAAUAAUAAUCAUUACAUGAGAUAAAAUGAUGAAAUGUCCUCCCCAGCAUUUAUUAACUUCGAAGGGUAUAGUUUAUAAAUGUUAAUGAAACAACAACAACGUAUAUAAUGCUAAUAAAGAGAUACUAUUUGCAUAUAUUACUACACACAUAAAGUAAAUACAUCAGAUAUACAUACAGCCAAGCUUCUGUAUAUGCACACACACAUACACACACAAGCGCACACACAGACACAUAUGCAAAAACACACAUUUACACUACAUUGGGUUUAAUAUACACACAAGCAUACAUCCCCCACACAUAUAAACAACACUGGGUUUGAUACAUAUACACACAUGAAUGUAUGCACAUGCAUUUUAGAUAAUGCUAAAUAAAUUUGUCGACAUCCAACGCUACUACACUUUAGAAUUUUUUGUAUAGUCGUACACAUGUAUGUUGUAAUUAAAGUACGUUAGUGGAGUUUAUUUUAUUUGACAUUUUGGGAUACAUGUUUUAAAUUUAUCAUUUAAGUACUAAUAGUUUUUCUUUCGAAUUAAUAAUAAUAGCAACAAAACAACAAUAAUAAUAAUAAUAAUAGCAACAAAACAAUAAUAAUAAGAUGAAUAAGGUUUAGAAUAAGAAAUAUUUUUAUAUCUAUAGUAAUUAUUAUUUGCUUAUUAUUAAGUUAGUAGUAAUAUAUAUUAAGUUUAUUGAAAGAAGUUAUUUAUCCGAGCACCUCUUUCAGGGUCGGGAUAGUGAGUUUCUGAAAUGUGUUACCAGAAAUACAUACAAGACUGUAUACAAGCACAAAUACUUUCUUUGAUAGAUAGAUGGAUAGAUAGAUAGACCGUAGAAAGAUAGAUAAAUAGACAGUCCAUCUAUACAAACAUAUAGACUAAUAUAUACAUACAUACACUCGUUUACCACACACAAUUACAAGCGACUUCGUGUUAAUUCUGUAAAAUUUCUAGAUUAAAGUUAUAAAAGCAAGAGAACCGAUUAAGAAACAGGUAUUCGAAUUAAUAAAGACAAGGCUACUCUACAGACAUCCAUACAUUCUUACUGACAGUUAGGUAAAGAUCUACACACACAGAUAUAAAUUAUGGAAUAGAUGAAAAGUUAGCUCUUUUCUUUCGUUAGAAUAGGUAAAUAAUUAUACACUCGCUCAUACAUACAUAAGAGCAUACACACAAACAAAACCGCACACCUAGUCACGCAUACAUACAAACACUCGUAUACCCACUUGCACAUAUAUUUGCAUGCGUGUAUAUAUAUGUAUAUGCACAUACGUAUAUAAGCAUUUAUACACAUAAAUUAAAACAAACACACAAGAAAAGGGCAAUAUUGUAAGAACGCAUACAUACAGACGCACAAAAAAAUUACACCCACGCAGAAAAGACAUAAGUAUUCAAAAUUAGAUCAAAAAUAUCAUGCCCAUUCUGUUAACCUCACCAUGUUUAAGUAUAUUAAAAAAUAUAUACACAUUACGCACACACACAUGUACAUAUAUAAAUACAUAGGAACACUCAUAUAUUUGUACAUACUUAUUAUCAUAUAUCCGUAUACAUUUAUAAACGCAUGCUCUGUAUAACAUAUCACCUAUGAAACAUUAAAAUAAGCCACACACUAACCACAUUGCGACCUUUGUGUGGCUUCAUCGAUUUCAUAACACCCAACAUACAUAUUGAAAAAAACUUUGGUGAUUCUCCUUAUGAAUGUGUGCGCGCAUUCCGUGCGUGACGUGUGUGCGUGUAGAGCGUGUAAGGUCUGUACGUAAGUUUAUAUGUAUUUGUUUGCACGGUUGCGUAUCCAUUUGCGUAUACAGUACGGGUCUAUGCCGGGACGUCUGUGAUAUCUGUAUGCACGAGCAACGAAAAUGUGCGCGCGUGUGUCUGCGACGGUGUUCUUACGCCAAGUCACUUAAAUUUGGAAAUUUUACAAAGGAAUCAUUCCCAGGCUUUUCACCACCACCGGAUCUUGGUUGAUUAAAAAAAAGAAAAAAAUUCUAUUGAGCCGCAACUAGCGGCACUUUGUGGAUUACCUUUGAUGUUUUUACCUUGAAGAGGGUGAAAAGCCUCUAUGAAACGGGUUACCUUUAUUUCAAGGACUACAUUCGGAUUCUAAUCCCGGUAACAACAAAGGAAUAUCAAGUGAAAAGAAAACGAAACACAAAUCACCACAAAGAAGUUCAAUAUCAGUGCAAAGUAAAGCAAUACCAACAUCAAACGAACCAAGCUAGAUUAAAGUCGAUCAAAACAAACCAGAUAUAUUUGACAAAAUUUCUGUAUAAGGAUACUUUACUGUUAGCGGCUUUGAUGUCUUCCCUCAGUGGAUAUUACGGGAUUUUCAGCGCUUAUCCUUAUAUGGAAGCAGACAUAUGCAGAGACUUCGUACUGGAAAUACAUGGGCACUGUAAAGAAAAAAUCACCUGGAUUCGACAUCAAAUACAACAAAUAGAUAUACUUCGGAAUUUCCAUACUCAUUCCGGAAUAAGACUUCAUCCAGUAUAUUUACAAAACACAAACCACACAAUUCCAUGACACGUACUAGAUGCACAAGAGCUCUCUUAAAUCUAAAUUUCUUCCUUCUAAUAUCAAUUCUACUUUAACACCUUAAACUAGGUUCAUAGAAAUUAUUGUGGUUGUUAAUGUUGUAGUUAUAAAUGUUUAUACUCUAUUAUAUUAAUUUUUCUUCGCCCGAUUCCAGAAGGCAACAAUUCAAAUUUCAUCUAAGUAACGUAGUACCAAGUCACUUACAAGUUGCCCUUUCCUCUUGAAAUAAAUAGUCAACGAACGAAGUUACAAACCAUCAAGAUAUCAUCCAUCAAGUUAAGAACAAACCAAUUAGCCUAUGAAUGUUUUGAAACAACCAAGAAGCCUACCAGUCAAGAAAUUAACUAACCAACAAAUCAACCAAUAAACCAACCAAUCAACUAACUAAACUAAUCAAUCAACCAAUCAACCAAUCAACCAAUCAACUAACCAACCAACCAACCAACCAGCCAACCAAGAAAUCCAUCAAUCGACGAACCAAGUUUACCCUUCUACUUACUUAGCUUUCCACCAACCUGCCUACUUACCUACUCUCCCCACUAAUGGCCAGUUUAUCUUAACGCUAUCUCCUUCAUAUAAUCUCCACCAAAAGCUAUCGUAAAACGAAGUACAAAGAAAACUCUAAGCAAAAUUAAUACUACUCUUAUAUCAACUUACCCGCAAUGUCCUCUCCCAUCCCGCCUGGUGAUAGGAAGAAUAGUGCCAUCAGGGUAAGUGCAAUAAGGGCGUUGGUAGCUGAGACUUUGAUAUUAGCGAAAACCCAUGGCUACGCGGAUAAGAUUGAAAAUGAGUUGGAAGAAGAAUUGCGUCGUGACAGUAAGGGGCCCCCAAAAGAAAUUUCGGCGAGAUUACGUCGAAAAGGAGAGAUGUUUUUCCAUAGCCGCUUUGUGAUUUUAACCGUUGUUAUUUUGUGCGUUCUUGACUGCGCCUUGGUCCUGGGAGAACUUAUUUUGGACUUGCACAGUGUUAGAGACACGCUGCAAGAAACAGAAAAACUUAGUGAUUCAUUUAUAAAUAAACUCAGGAACAAAUACCCCACAGACAUGGAAGGCAUGCAGGAGCACUUGAUCUAUGUUUAUGAAAAAGUUCUAGACUCCGUAAUGACGUGGCCCAAGAAUAGCUCGGUGCCCAACACAACCCGUCCAACCCGCUCGCGACGUGCAGCCGACGUCGACCCUAUAAUGGAAAAGUGGAAUGUUCAUGUGCGGUUACCCGGCUCUCAUACGCUCGAGGAAGAGAUAGGGCACGCCUUCCAUUUGGCCAGUAUCUCCAUACUUGCAGUCUUAGUCGCUGGUACGUUAUUAAAAAUGAUAUGUUUCGGCACAAGAUUUUUUAAAGGAAAAUUGGAGGUAUUUGAUGCCGCUAUCCUGAUAGUUUCCUUCAUUGUAGAUCUUAUAUUCGUAAAUGGCCUUCCAAGAUAUAAGAUAGAGGAGUUUGUCUUCAUUCUAGCCUUCCUGUUACCCUGGAGAGUUAUUCGUGUAGUGAACAGUCUUGUAGUAGCUGUCAAAGAUCACGAACACUUUCGCCUCAAACUAGUGUACAGUCGUAAAAAGAAAAUUUUAGCCGUAUUAAAACAAAAAGAAUUAAAAUUAGAUUUAUUCCAAACUCAAAUUGAUAGUUUACGAAAAUUAUGUGUAUCACAUGGAAUAACUGACAGUCAAAUUAACCAGUGCCUCUAUCAAGAAGAACCAAAAGAAUAUGGGAAUAUAAUUUGCGCAGUGGUCAGCCGGCGAAGGUUAUCGGUUGAACCGAAAAGCAGCAAGAAAACUCGCUUGAAGGCGUUCAGCAGUUCCUUAGAUACACCGAAUAGCCGGAAAGCAUCCAAAGAGUCAGUUUCGACAUUGAUUCGGGAAAACCACAAGCCUCAACCCGACGUACAGGUCGGAAUUGAAGAGGACCAGAAGAGCCCGGAUAGUGUGAUUUAUAAUGAUCUUGAGGACAUUGAAAGUAACAGCAGUCAAUCCAGACCAUAAUAUCAGCAAUAUGCUGAUGCCAACGUCUGCUUGUGCGCAAUCAAUAAACACGCUAAACUAGUGAGACUAGUGCAAGCAAUAGAGACUAAAAUAAUAUUCGCCCUGUUCUGCUGAGCACUAGUUAUUACUUUUUAUAUUUUUUUCAU